ACCCGACGUCAUACCAAUAAUUCCCUCUCGGACACAUUACACAGCCAAAUUUCCGUCGUCCGUCCAUACACACACACACGCACACACACACACAUACACACCAUGGAGUCACUCACAGCCUCUGAGCAGCGCGAGCUGCAGUCGCGCAUGGAGAAGAAGCAGAUGAAGGAAUUCAUGAACAUGUACUCCAACCUCGUCCAACAAUGCUUCGACCACUGCGUCAAUGGCUUCGAGAGCAAGUCGCUCACCUCGCGCGAAGAGAGCUGCGUUAUGCGCUGCGUAGACAAGCACAUGAAGGGCUCGCAGCGAUUAGGCGACCGCUUCCAGGAGCAGAACGCUGCAAUGGCACAAGGAGGCGGUAUGGGUGGAAGAUAAUAACCUACAGCCAUAUCUGGGUCUAGUCUACGUCUGUAGACACGACAUUGUACUAUAGGAACGAAAGCUGGUCAGCAUACGGUAUUGGAUCGAAAACGGAUACAAACGGAUACACUAGAAAAUUCCAUCUGGUUCAAGCAAGUCAUGGUCUUUGCUUGAGAAGUGUA